AUGCCUGGAAAUCUCCUCUCGGAUUCUCCUGAAAUGGCAUCCGAAGGCUCUCCAAAGCAUGCACAUGGGAGCAUGGAGAAUCGUGGCAGCCAAGCUAAGGGCAGAAAUCUUGCCUUGGAUGAUGAGAGUCUGAAGUACUUAACUCAUGAAGAGCAGGAUGUCCUCAUGUUCUUUGAGGAAACCAUAGAUGCCUUAGAAGAUGACUUAGAGGAGCCGGUCCUACGUGACAGUGGCAUCCACUCUCAGUCUCCACGAUCAACAGAAGAAACCGUGUCCAGCCAUUCAGAGACUGAAGAUAUCAUUGACUUAGUACAGUCCACACCUGAGAGCAGUGACCAUGAAGGCCCUCCUAGCAGAGAUGCGGAACCAGUGUUGGAUGCUACCAGGAGAAGCGAGAGCCCGAAGCCAGCUGUACCUGCAGACCUUCCCCCACAUCCCCCUGCACCAGCACCACUGAUGUCUGAGACACUUCCUCUUCCUCCUCCACCGCCUCCUCCGGUGCAGCACCCCAAACUGCUUCGUUCCAUCCCCACUCCCCUCAUCAUGGCCCAGAAGAUGUCCGAGCAGCAGGCGGAGAACAGGGCACGCUUCCCCAGCGCCCUCAAGGAAGGGAAUUCGGACAGGAAGAAAACGCCAGUAGCCAACGGUGAUUAUUCUGUGGCUCCAAAGCACCCUCCUGCACCUGCACCCAAACUGCACCGGUUCCCCAGCAACAUCAACAUAACAAAUGUCAGUGGCAAAGAAUUCAAUGAGACUAUUUCCAAAGCAGCAGUUAACGUCCAGGAGCGGAGAGCUCAGGUGCUGGCCAACAUCAAUGGAGGAGCUUUUCUGGCAGCAGAACUGGAGGAGAAGCUGCAGAAGAGUGAUUUCUUGUCACGUAACAGAAGUUCUUCCUUAAGGGAUCUCUCCUCUGAGCAAACACGAUACGAGGCCCUGACAAAACUUGGCCUCGUUAAGGGAAAGACAGCUCAGGACCAAGUGGACCAUGCCCCAAGCACUCAGCAGCUUGAUGUACAGCCCAAACAGGCAGACGCUGUUCCCAAUGGAUAUCAAAACAUCCAUGAGGUCUUAAAAAGCGAGCCCAGCCCUUUCCUUCCUAUGGGCAAAACUGUAACAAUCAAACCAGAGGUAGCUCUUGCUGCUAACAAGGUCAGCAGCACGCAGCAGAACACAGCAAAAAGCUUUAAUGAUUAUAAACAGCCUACUCUAAACCUGGAUAUGAGGAGGAGAUCGGGUUCGCUGCCUAGACCGUCAGGAUUUCGAUCCCAAGGGAUAACGGUGAAGUUUUCCGGCCGUGGCUCAACAGAAGAAGCGAGGAGAGAGGCACUUCGGAAACUGGGACUGCUGAAAGAGACUGCGUAA